CGCGGCAGAGCCGCACUGAACAUUUGUCCUCUCACACAACACAACAAACAACGUAAACCACGACUCUGCCUACAACAUGGCAGCCGGUAACCGCAAAGAACGGCGAGCAAAGGAAGCGAACAAAUCGACACCGCACCCUUUCGAUCCCUCCAUCGAACUUGACGAAGAGAGCGUCAAAAAUAUCUUGAAGCACCCAGACCGCGCUGGACCGAAGGGCAAGUCGUUAUUUGAGCUGGCAGAUGAGCGCCAGAGGGAACUUGAUGCGAGAAAACCAAAGAGCAAAAUCGUUGAGGUCCAAGCAGCCCUGAACGAGCCAGUUGGUGCUGUAGGGGAUGCCAUUCUCUACGCAGUCUCUAUGACCGCACUGCACCUGACGCUCGAUGUCAUCGUCUACAAUCAAUACCGCGAAGCCAUCCUCUGGAACGAGAUCUUCCAGCGUGCUGCUGCUGCGUCACCUAUAUUCGCCCUUCUGGUAUAUUUGACUCAUCUCGAACAACCAAAUCGAUUCCCUACCCUACGCAACUUGGCGUUUCUGACAGGCUCUAUCGCAGCUGGCUGCUACAUCAUAUGGUCGGCAAACACGAAGGGCUACUUCUACGUAAUGAAGGCAGCCCCUCCGGUCGGUGCCCUAUGGGUUUGGAGUGUCAUCGAGAUGAGUCUUCCAUAUGCUGCAGUCAAUGUCGUUGCCGUGGCCGCGUACAUCUGGUGGAACGAGUUCAACUUCUUCUAAAUCUCAAGAACCCGGGAACCCGCACAGACGAAACCGGUCUAGCACUACUGAUAGCGGGUCGCGCUGAAGUCGUUCAUGAUAGCAGGCAGCCAUCAUUCCAGGUGCAUGGUCGAUGUCACAGUUGGCGCGCAGUCCUUUGGACAUCGAGGAUCGCCGCCUGCUCA